UUGUGUUUGAACGUUCCAGCGGGAGGGUGGGGCGAGGAGGAGCGCGGCGCUCGGGGGCUCCGUCGGGCAGGCGGCCGAUUCGCGGCUUCAGCAGGGCGAACCUUCGCUCCCCGGCCGGACGGCGCGGCGCGAUGGUGCCGUCGCGGUGCGUGAAGAGCGAGUACAUGAAGCGCUUCAAGGAGCCCAAGUGGGAGGCGUGCGGCCCCUGCUACCAGGAGCUGCUGCGCUACCGCCUGAGCCGGCGCCUCUUGGAGCAGGCGCACCGGCCCUGGUUUUGGGACGGCUGGGAGCAGGACAGCAGCCAGAGCAGCGGCGGCUCCCCGUCGCCCCCGGGCACGUCCAGCCCGCCGGGUGGACAGCAAGGAGAAGAAGGAGCGGCGCCUGGCGAAUCUGGCCUGGGCGGCGCUGCGGCGGCGGGAGACGCCAACAGAUCCUGCCCCGAGGAGCCCUUGCGUGGGUCGGAGGAUGAAGACCAGGAGAAAGCCGAAGAGAAAACCGAAGUUGAGAGUGGAGGCAAAAAGUCUGCCCCCAAAGGAGCUGGUGGGUCAGCAAGUUGCCCCCAAGGGCAGCCUUCGAGUCGUGGCGCUUUGGGCAGCCGGGGUGAUAGAAGACGGGUGAAAAGUCCUCAACGGAUACAGGUGGCAAAGGGGCUGAAACACCCAUUUGCCUUGUACGGCUGGGCAGAAAAACAGACUGAUACUGGGAGCCAGAAAACACACAAUGUCUGUGCAUCCGCUUCUGUGAAUGAAAUCCACGAGUCUGCACUGAGAGCGAAGAACAGGAGGCAAGUGGAAAAAAGGAAGCUGUCUCAGAGGCGGAUUCAUUCAGCGGAAGUAGAACAAGCCUGGAGAGCAAAAUCUGCUGCACCAGACAACCCCUGGAUGACUGAAUACAUGAGGUGUUACUCAGCACGAGCACGGUGAUUCAGCAUUUGCCUGGACCUGUCUUUUUUUAAAUUCAGAAAUAGUGUACGAAAGCAACGGGUGAAGAAUUCCAAACUACUUAUGCAAGGUUUUUACAAAAGGAUUUUUCCAGCAGUUCGAUAUACUUGUUUAUAUUUUGGCUACUUAUCCCUGCAGGAGAGGGAAUAAUUGAUUCCAUACUGGUGGGAACUAUGCUUAGCAGUAUAGCUUCUUUACAGAUUUUUUAAAAAGAAGAAUAUUAAGAGAUCUUUCUGUUGACCUUGAGCUGAAAAGCUAUGGAAUGUUGUAGAAUGAACUUUUUAAAAUGAAAGACCUCAGAAGGGUUAUUUUGACAAAUAUUUAGUCCCUCCUAAAUCAUUAAAACAUAUGGACCGUAUUCCAUGGAAAUUUUCUUGCCCUGAUGUUGCAUAGAACUCAAACCUUUCCCUAUAGGGGAGCCAUAACGCUUUACAAAUCAGGUCUUUAAAAAUUAUUUGUAGCUGCCAUUGUAUUUUCAUGUGAUUCUAAUUAAGUUGCUAUGAUUUUCAUCAGACCUGUACAACUUGAGACCUAGCGAGCCAAACGCAGACAUUCUGCCCUCUGUGGAUUCAAUCCAGUGACUACAGAAAUAGGGGACUGUUAUCAAUCUAUCUUGCUGUGCAGGCCAGAUGUGCAGGCUCUUGCAGCCAGAUGUGUAGAAGAUUGUAUAACUGGAAAUGCUACAUUUUUAGAAUUCUGAAAGCUCUCCCCAACUUUAUAGUAU